AUGCUUUACAUCGCUCAUCGAGCUAUACAUGAAGUCAGUUUCUUAUGGUGGUUUCAUAAAAUGCACCAUUCUUCUGAGUAUUUCAAUCUCAGCACUGGUUUACGAUUACCAGCACUUCAGGAGCUACAGUGCCGAGCAGGGCGAUAA